UCGUCAAGAGUAUAUGGCUAGUUAUCUCACCCCUAGUGUACAGUCGCCUCAGUCGCGACGGUGGAUAUAUAAAUAAUUGUUUUUUUUUUUUUCGCGGCAAAAAGUGCAAACAUUUGUUUUUACGACAUCGCAAAGCAAGGAAAACAACGCGAGCAAUGGUUAAGCUGGGAAAAAAAAAAUUAGCAGAGCUCUCGGAAAUAAGCAAAAAGAAAUCAGCCGCAUGCUCCGACAGUGAUGAAAACGGGAAAAAUGGAGCCAACAGUUCAAGCGGUGAUGACUCCGAAAUUGUCAACGAUAAGCAGGAAAAGGCGUCCAGCUCAAGUGGACCGCCCCGAAAGAAGCAAAAGAAGACGCCCAAAUCAAAGGGCAAAGCAGCGCUGCAGGCAGCGGCUGCUGACAAGAAUAAAAACAAAAAAUCGUCAAACAAAGCCGUAUUAGAUGACAAUAAUGAUGACAAUGCCAACGUCGAUAAUGAUGAUGGUGAUGGUGAAAAUGUUGAUAGGGAAUUCGAGGUGGAGGCGAUUGUGGGCCACAAGUCGAAGAACGGCGAGUCGUUCUUCUUAGUGCGAUGGAAAGGUUACGGCAAGGAGGACGACAGCUGGGAGCCGGAGGCCGAGCUGAAUUGCGACGACCUGAUCGAGGAAUAUCACAAAAAACAGAACAGCAAGAAGAGCGCCGGAGCUGGCAAGAAGUCGACGGCUGCGGCAAAGGGCGUGCGCGGCCGAAAGCCGAGCAGCAAGACUGUAUCCACCGAUCCGGAUAAAGAGUGGGCAGUGGAACGCAUAUUGGACUCAGUCCAUGAUGAUGAGCACGGUGUUCUCUAUCGCAUACGCUGGAAGGGCUUCGGAGCCAAGGAGGACACCUGGGAACCUGAAUCGAAUCUAUCCUGCGAGGGCCUAAUCGAAAAGUUCAAGAGGAGCCUGAACGAGGAACGCAACGUGGAUGCGAAACAGUUGCGGGAAUCGCCGAAGAAAACGAAGCGUUUGGUAAACGAGACAAUUCCACGCUCUAAUUUACACAACCGAAUCGAGCGUUCCUCGAAGCGAGCCGCAGCGAAAAAUCGCGUUUUCUAUGGGGAGGAAUAGGAGAGCGGGACUCGUAGCUCAAUACGAGAUAUUUGACGAUAAAUAAAGAGAAAACAGUGCAGUAUCGAAUUCGGAGUAGUAUUUGAAAUGAAUAACAGUUUUAAAACGAUUAGUUUAAGUUGAUGAAACCAGGCCUUCGGCCUGGCACGUUCCUAGUUCUUAAGAGUAUAAAUUGUCUAAGUACGUGAAAUCCAUUAACCAUCAAAUAAAAAA